AUGGCCACCCCGCUAGGACCCACCACUGGGUUCGACUAUCAGACCUACCCAGACCUGUUGUGCAACCUUCAGGAUGUGUCCUACGCAAAGACUUUCAUCGUUUUAACCUACUGCUUUGUUUUCAUCGUAGGCACCUUUGGGAACAUCGUUGUGAUUGUUAUAAUGCGAUCAAAGAGAAAGUCUAACCGUUUAGUUGAUGUGUUUAUCACCCACUUGGCAAUUGCUGACCUGGUUUUCCUGCUUACCUUACCGUUCUGGGUGGUUUCCACCGCCCUGGACCAUCACUGGCCCUUCGGACAGAGCCUAUGCAAGAUCUGUAGCUACAUUCUGGCUGUCAACAUGUACUCCAGCAUUUUCUUCUUAACUUGCAUGGGCAUUGACAGGUAUGUGGCCAUUGUGCUGGCCGUGAACUAUAGCUACCUGAGAAACAGAAGGUAUGCCAUUGUCACUAGUUUGGUGAUCUGGGUUCUCUCCAUUUUCCUGGGGCUGCCCACCCUCUUAUUCAGACACCUGCUGGAAUAUGAUGAUAAGUGGAUCUGCUCUGAGGAAAGCACAUUCACCGGGAACAUCUUCACCCUUGUGAUCAGGCUCAUAUCCUUUGUCUUGCCCCUAGCCAUCAUCACCGUGUGUUACUGCUCGUUGGGUUUCAAACUCUACAUGCACUUCAACAGAAGGAGCAAGGAGGAGAGGAAGAAGAGGAAGUCAAUCAAAAUCGGCUUCUGGGUCAUCACCAUGUUCACCUUGUCUUGGCUUCCUUACAACGUCUUAAAGACUCUGGAUGUGUUCGUCCAGAUCUUCACCAUCGAUGUUUCGUGUGACACCCAUGAAGCAGUGAGUAAAGGUCUCAAGAUUUUCACCUGCCUGGCUUUCUUCAACAGUUGCGUCAACCCAAUUGUCUACUUGCUCUUUGAUCAUUAUUUUAGGGAGAGCUUCGCACAGUUCCUGCCCUGCCGGUCCCCCAGGAACCCAAAGAAGCAUUCAUCUACAUCAUUGGAUGAUUCAACCAGAUCCCAGAGGCGGAACACCUCGUUGAAAGAACCAUUCAACUCAGUGAAGAUCAGUUCAUAA